CUGCCAAAUGAAAUCGAAAAUCACCGCAAAGAAGACGCGUCAUAGUUUCAAUUCUCUACAAAAGCUGUUGAACAAUCAAAGUGUUUAGUCGCAAAUUAUCGGGCAGAACCGAGUCAAUUUUUUUAAAAAUAAAUUCUGAUUGGAAGAAAAUUGAUUGAUUUUUUUUUCUCGCAAAUAUCUCGUCGAUCGAAAUACGAGACAAUGAGCCGCAAUUACAAUCGUAAUUACAAUAGCCGUGGUUCGGACAAAUACACGGAUGUCUACACCGAUGGAUCCUGUUUGGGAAACGGUCAAGCUGGUGCACGUGGUGGAUAUGGCAAUUAUUGGGGACCAGAUCAUCCAAACAACGUAAGCGAACCGGUCCGUGGACGCGCCACCAAUAAUAUGGGUGAAAUCCAAGGUGCAACUCGUGCAAUCAACGAUGCUGGUCGAAUGGGCGUUGAGAAAUUGCGCAUCAACACCGAUUCGGAAUUUCUUCGUAAAUCGGUGAACGAUUGGAUGCCAAAAUGGAAACAAAACGAUUAUCGCAAGGCCGAUGGAAAUCCCGUCGUAAAUCGUGACGAUUUUCAAAAUUUGGAUCGGGCAAUGCGCAACAAUCCCCAAAUGGAUGUCACAUUCAGACACGUUCCGGCACACUCGGGCAAUCCAGGCAACGAAGCAGCCGAUCGCUUGGCCAAACAAGGCGCACAACGCUAUGGCGGUGGGUAUUAUUAAAACGAUGACGCUCGUUGAAAAUCCCCGUGAAAAAUAAGAAAAAUAAAACAUUUUUCAUAUGAAAUCAUUGUCACGUCAAAGUUUGACAAUUUCAUUAAAUUCAAUAAAAUUUCGAAAUUGAAAAUGUCAUUCUA